CACCAUGGGAGGAGGAUGAGAUCCGCAGGGACCGAGUGGAGCCCCAGAGUGUGUCCCUGUCAUGGCGGGAGCCCAUCCCCGCUGGAGCCCCUGGGGCCAACGGCACGGAGUAUGAGAUUAGAUACUAUGAGAAGGGUCAGAGUGAGCAGACUUACUCCACGGUGAAGACAGGGGAGCCUGCGGUCACCGUCACCAACCUCAAGCCGGCUACCCGCUACGUCUUUCAGAUCCGGGCGGCUUCCCCGGGGCCCUCCUGGGAGACCCAGAGCUUCAACCCCAGCAUUGAAGUGCAGACCCCGGGGGAGGCUGCCUCGGGGUCCAAGGACCAGAGCCCCGCAGUCGUCGUCACCAUUGUGACCAUCUCAGCCCUCCUCGUCCUGGGCUCUGUGAUGAGCGUGCUGGCCAUUUGGAGGAGGACCUGCAGCUAUGGCAAAGGAGGUCGGGACGCCCAUGAUGAGGAGGAGCUGUAUUUCCACUUCAAAGUCCCAACUCGCCGCACAUUCGUGGAUCCCCAGAGCUGUGGGGACCCGCUGCUCGCUGUUCAUCUGUUUGCCAAGGAGCUGGAUGCGAAAAGCGUCACGCUGGAGAGGAGCCUUGGAACAGGGCGGUUUGGGGAGCUGUGCUUCGGCUGCCUGCAGCUUCCGGGCCGCCAGGAGCUCCCCGUGGCCGUGCACACGCUGAGGGAGGGCUGCUCCGACUUGCAGAGGCUCAGCUUCCUGGCCGAGGCCCUCACCUUGGGCCAGUUCGACCACAGCCAUGUGGUGCGGCUGGAGGGCGUCGUCACCCGAGGAAGCACCUUGAUGAUCGUCACUGAGUACAUGAGCCAUGGGGCCCUUGACGGCUUCCUCAGGCGGCAUGAGGGCCAGCUGGUGGCUGUGCAACUGAUGGGGCUGCUGCCUGGCCUGGCGUCGGCCAUGAAGUAUCUGUCGGAAAUGGGCUACGUCCACCGGGGCCUGGCGGCCCGCCGGGUGCUGGUCAGCAGCGACCUCAUCUGCAAGAUCUCCGGCUUUGGGCGGGGACCUCGGGACCGAGCAGAGGCUGUCUACACCACCAUGAGCGGCCGGAGCCCAGCACUGUGGGCCGCCCCCGAGACGCUUCAGUUUGGCCACUUCAGCUCCGCCAGCGAUGUUUGGAGCUUCGGUGUCGUCAUGUGGGAGGUGAUGGCCUUUGGGGAGCGGCCCUACUGGGACAUGUCUGGCCACGACGUGAUCAAAGCCGUGGAGGAUGGCUUCCGGCUGCCACCCCCCAGGCACUGCCCGUCCCCCCUGCACCGACUGAUGCUUGACUGCUGGCAAAAGGACCCAGGUGAGCGGCCCAGGUUCUGCCAGCUCCAUGGCCUCCUGAGCAAGAUGGUGCAGGAUCCAGAACCCCCGAAGUGUGCCGACACUACCUGUGCCAGGCCUCCCACGCCCCUGGCGGACCGUGCCUUCUCCACCUUCCCAUCCUUUGGCUCCGUGGGCGCGUGGCUGGAGGCCCUGGACCUGGGCCGCUACAAGGACAGCUUCGCUGCCGCCGGCUAUGGGAGCCUGGAGGCUGUGGCCGUCAUGACUGCCCAGGACCUGGUGAGCCUGGGCAUCUCAUCGGUGGAACACCGGGAGGACCUCCUCAGCGGGAUCAGUGCCCUGCGGGCCCGGGUGCUCCAGCUGCAGGGCCGGGGGGUGCAGGUGUGA